AUGUAUACGCUGCGGAACCUCCUCCAAGACUGCAGCGGCAAGAUGACGCGGACGUCGUGCGCCGCCGAGAAGAAGAAGGAGACUCUCGAAGAGGUCUGGGUCGCGCUCAAUGCGUGGGUCGAAGCGCGGUACCAAGAGGGCAAGGGCGUGCACAUUGCGCCGUUUGGCAAGAUCAGCUGGGAGACGCUCACGAUUGGCCGCAACACGCGCAAGGUCCGGCCCAUAUUUAUGCUCAACGACACGUUCGGGAAGACGUAUGGCCUCCAGUACAAGAAGCGCGUGACCGUCCCGAUCGUGGCGGCGAUUGAAGACAUCAACUUUACCAAACUCGCCAUCAAAUUCUCCAAAAACCUCACAAAAGACACGGUGUUUUGCGGCGUCCGAGACCUCUUGCACAAGAUCGGCGAAGUCGCGUCGACGGGCGCGCAAAUGACGAUCGAAAUGACGAUUGGCAAAAUCGUUGCCAAGAACCGCGCGAUUCACAUGCUCUUUGACCCGACGCAGUUUCCGAAAGCGCUCGAGAACAUUGCGACCGCGUCCGUGGCGUCCGGGUGUCCGUCCGUCAUUGGCGACCUCGCCGACUUUGACUUGAAACUCGAAGACUGCAACCAAGCCGAGGAGGCCGGCGGCAUCCUUCUGUCGCCGGAACGCCCUCCGCAACCCUCGUCGACGACACCGCGAACACCGCGAACGCCGCGCCCGCCGCUGUCUGGCCGCGACCCUAUCUCGCCCCGGCAUGGGUUUGAGCAGCCCACAAGCAUGACCCAGCUGCGGUCGCCCCGCCCCGCGUCGCGCAACGGUGUGGGCUAUAUGAGUGCGGAGACGCCGUCCAAGGACUGCACGACGAUGCUCUUGUCGCCACCCCAAGUGCGCCAGCACAUUGCGUACAAGGAGCCGUCGUUCGACUUUUCGUUCAAGGACGCGAUCAAUAGGGAGCUCGACCGGUCGGGCGUCGAGUUGCCCGAGGCCGGCCGCCCCGUCUCGGUCGCCGACGCGGCGUACGAGCGCCACAUGCUCCGCGUCGAGAAGGAGGUCGAGGCCGAGGCCCAGCACGCAAUGGACAUUCAUCGACACCACAUGCGCGACCUUGAGGAGAUCGCUACCGAGAAGCGGUCCAAGCGCCAGAGCGCGGAGAAGCUCCAAGACGAGAUCCGCGACCAGAUGUUCGAGUCGAUGAAGAACAAGGAGAUCGCGCGGCGCUCGGAGCAUGGGACCGACCCGACCGAGAACACGUUCAUCUCGCACAGCCACCUCUCGCGGCUCGGCUUCAACAGCCCCGAGACGCACAAGCGCGUCCAGGGCGACAUGCACUACUAUUUACACGAGCAGAUGAAUGCCAAGGAGAAGGCGCGGCGGGACGCGCGGGAGAAGGCGCUGCUGGAAGACAAGCUCUUCCUCGAGAAGCUUCAGCGGGACAUUGAGCAGGACCGCGAGUUUUCGGCCGCCGAGCAGGAGCGGCAGCGCAAAGCGCUCACGCAGGCGUGGGAGAAGGACCACUCGAUCAAGGUCGCGCUGCAGCAGAGCCGCAAGGUCAUGAACGAUCGCAUCAAAGGCGCGAUCGCACCGUCAGCGCUCCGGCACAUCAAGGCCGACGACAAGCCCGACUUCUCCGUGGGCUUUGAUAUGCGCUCGACCGCCAAGUAG